AUUUGUAUUAUUUCCAACAGCCCGUGAAGGCAUCAUUUGCCCACCAGCAGCAGCCAUCCGCAGCCAGCAGCAGCAGCUCUCAUUCACUGAGUGGCCGCUCCGUGGAGAACAACAGGCUACCUCCCUCUGUCCUGUGAUGCUGCACAUCUAUGGGACAAAGGAAACAAAAAAACCCCUAUGACAAGCUAUCUAACAAAGAGCCAUAAAACCAACAUCCACAUGGGAUCCUACAUUAGGGGGGCAUUGUAAAGAAAACACCUUUUUGUUAUUAUCUGUAUAUGUUUUUUUUUUAUCCUAUAAGGUAUUUAUUGUAAACACUCCUUGGACAAUAUUGUUAAGUUAAGGAAGGUGAUGUUCUUCUGUAUCCAGUCAAGACAUCACUAGAGGCUUUGGAGCUAACAUUGUGAUAGAGAAAGAGCUGCUGUAUAUUCAGCUAUGUGGAAUAAAACAUGCACAUAACUAGCGGGGUUCAGUCUGACCCAGUCCCACUGGCAGGGCAGAGUCUUUUCUCCAGCUGUGUCCUCAUGUGGCACUAGUUACUGACAGAAGCUGCGUCUCCAGCUGCACCAUGACUUCAUCGGACAACGACGAAACAGGGAGUGACCUGUCUGAGUCUCUGGAGAUCCGUGAGCUCCAGGACCAGUACAUGGACCCAGAGACCUGCUUCAAGUCCAAGAGCUUACCCAUCCUUAACGGGCCCGCUGCGGAGCUUCGACUGGUCAACACCACCCACACCUGUGUGGCUGUGGAUGAGGGCAGCGAGCUCCAGCUAAAAACCCCAGACUCCAGCCAGGCAGAGACUCCCUCCUCCAGGACGGACUUCUCCCCCUCUGCCUCCAGCAUGGUGGGGCUCAGCAGCUGUUUACCUGUGGAGGGCCACAGGGCCGCUGGCUCCGGGGGUAAAAAACUUGGUUUCUCUCUCACCCGCCUUAUCCGCAUCCCAGCCAGGAAGUAUGCGCGGGCCAUCCUGAGGGACUCCCGCUGCUUCCUGUUCUGCAUGUGCUACCUGACCUUCAUUCAGUCCCUGAUGGUUUCGGGCUACCUGAGCAGUGUCAUCACCACCAUUGAGAAGCGUUACAGCCUGCGCAGCUCUGAGUCCGGCCUGCUGGUCAGCUGCUUCGACAUCGGCAGCUUGCUGGUGGUGGUCUUCAUCUCCUACUUUGGGGGCAGGGGUCAGAGGCCACGCUGGUUGGCUGUGGGUGGGGUGAUCAUCGCUGUAGGGGCGGCAUUGUUUUCCCUGCCCCACUUCAUCUCGCCACCCUACCAGAUCCAGGAGAUGAACUCCUCAACUGGCCGCGAAGGCCUCUGUCAGAGCGGCAACAGCAGCGGGCGUGAGCUCGAUGUGGCGUCGUGUCCUCGGGACCAGGAGGGCAACGAGCACAACCUGUAUGUGACUCUGUUCAUCUGCGCCCAGAUACUUGUGGGCAUGGGGUCGACGCCAAUCUACACCCUGGGGCCCACCUACCUGGAUGACAAUGUGAAGAAAGAAAAUGCAUCUCUCUACCUGGCUGUCAUGUACGUGAUGGGAGCCCUGGGACCUGCAGCUGGCUACCUGCUGGGAGGCGUCCUCAUCGGUUUCUACGUCGACCCCAAAACUGUCGUCAACAUCGAUCAGAGUGACCCGCGCUUUGUUGGAAACUGGUGGAGCGGCUUUCUCUUGUGUUCCGUCGCCAUGCUUCUGGUCAUCUUCCCUAUGUUUGCCUUCCCCAAAAAGCUGCCCCCACGCCACAAAAAGAGGAAGAAGAAAAAGAUCGGCUCACCCGGCGACGUAUCCAGCGACGACGAUGUGAUGAAGGAAAAGUCCAGUAGCAAAGACCAGAACGUCACCUCCUCCAUGGGCUUUGGAAAGGACAUCAAAGACCUCCCCAAAGCAGCCCUGAGGAUCCUCAGCAACAUGACCUUCCUGUUUGUCAGCCUCUCCUACACGGCAGAGUGUGCCAUCGUCACCGCCUUCAUCACCUUUAUCCCCAAGUUUAUUGAGUCACAGUUCGGUAUCCCCGCCUCCAAUGCCAGCAUAUACACCGGUGUGAUCAUUGUACCCAGUGCCGGGGUGGGCAUCGUGCUGGGGGGCUACAUCAUCAAGAAGCUGAAGCUCGGCGCCAGAGAGUCAGCCAAGCUGGCCAUGAUCUGCAGCGGUGUGUCUCUGCUCUGCUUCUCCACACUCUUCAUAGUGGGUUGCGAGAGCAUCAAUUUAGGAGGCAUCAACAUACCUUACACCACUGGUCCGACCCUUACGAUGACCCACAGGAACCUGACGGGCAGUUGCAACGUGAACUGUGGCUGCAGGAUCCAUGAGUACGCUCCGGUCUGCGGCUCCGAUGGCAUUACCUAUUUCAACCCCUGUCUGGCUGGAUGCAGCACUGUGGGCAAUGAAAGCGGCGGGAUUAGGAACUACACAGAUUGCGGCUGUGUGCAGAGCCGACAGGUCAUCACUCCAUCCUCCGGCGGCCAGGUCAAUCAGCUCCAGCUGGUCAUCGUUAAAACCUACCUGAACGAGAACGGUUACGCCGUGUCAGGGAAGUGCGACCGCACCUGCAACACCCUCAUCCCUUUCCUCAUCUUCCUCUUCAUCGUCACUCUCAUCACCGCCUGUGCCCAGCCCUCCGCCAUCAUCGUCACACUCAGGUCUGUUGAUGAACAGGAGAGGCCUUUUGCUCUUGGGAUGCAGUUUGUCUUGCUCCGAACUCUUGCCUACAUCCCAACGCCCAUCUACUUUGGUGCUGUGAUCGACACCACCUGCAUGCUGUGGCAGCAGGACUGCGGAGUGCACGGCUCCUGCUGGGAGUACGACGUCACCUCGUUCCGCUUCGUCUACUUCGGCCUCGCCGCCAGCCUCAAGUUCGUCGGCUUCAUCUUCAUCUUCCUCACCUGGUAUUCGAUCAAGCACAAGGAGGACCGAGCCGAGCGCUGGCGCCAGCACCUGCCUCCGCUGGGCACGGUCAGCGAGCUCAUCUGCCACGCCGGAGGCCACAAAAGCCACGCUCGCACCCGCUCCUGCCCCGUGUUCAUCCCGCCGCGGCCCGACCCACCCGCCGCCCUGCUGCUCAACCGCGGCCACAGCAGCCUCAGCUGCCCCGGCAACGCUCUCAAAGCAAUAACACCGCCCAUCCUAUUGCCGCAUCACCACAGAGGCUCCGCCCGUGUCUGAGAGCACUUCAAGCCUCCCUCCAGGGGUCCAUCGUGACACGUGCCUUCCUGUUUGUGUCUCAGCACCACACAGUGUCUGCUUUACACCAAUCAGACGCCAGGCGGGGCUCCACAGCUGCUGUAGGACUGACGGGCAAAGAGACACAGGUGCGCCCACCAUAUUUAAAGGGCUGCUCAUUGUUAUUUAUAAUAACAGGAGACUGACGGAUGUUCUUUUACUCCGAGUAUAUCAUCAGCUGCAGCCACACACCGCAUCCACACAGAAGGUCCGACCUCCACGUGAAGGUUUCGGAUGAUGUAAAGACAUCACAUGGUGCUACUGUUAAAGGACAGGGCAUUAAAAUCUCUGUACAGACAGAUGAGUCAUCAUCAACACAGCCUCUAAAGCACAACUGACAAACCUGUACUAUGCAAGAUCCUAUGUACAGCUCCUCCCUCCUCAGUAUUGUACAGCUCCCUCUGUAUUCUACAUCUGUUCUUCUUCGCCGCUCGAUUCAUACUUACGUCGGCUCAUUCAUAAUCCCAUUCUUCUCUUACAGUCCGAGCUGUAAACAUAUCAGCAAACCUCUCUCUUUUCUGCUGUUGUUUGGAUCUUAAGAAUUGACAGAAGUGGGAUUUUUUUAAUCCUCUCUCCUCUUCCUUUUUCGUAACAGUGCCUCUCAGGCUGCCUCGGCCAGUCCAGUAUAGAAAGCUAGCCACCAGGGUAAAUGCUAGCUACCGAAAAAGCCAAUCACUGUCCUCUCAGUCGAGCGAUAAUACUCUGCUUUGUUGCCCUCAGCUUCUGCGUUUUGGGAACAGUUGUCACGGAGUCUUUGCGCCCAUUGGACGAAGCUCCUCGCCUUGGCAAGGUAACCAUGUAGCUUAAAGCCGACGAGCACCAACGGUAGUGUUUAACGACUUCUAUGAAAUCUAUAUUUAAUUACAACAUCAUCACACUACUUCGUUAUUACAAUGUGUAAUAAUUAGCCACACGGCAAACAGGAGAAAGGAAUAAGAAAAGGUAUCUCAUCUCUGACCAUGUGCUGAAGCUACUGUAUGUCCAAAAAAGAUGUGAUUGUACUUGUAACUGGAGAGUUUUAAAGAAUGUGCAACAAAUUUGACCCACUUUUAAACACAAAGUAAAAAUGGUUUGUAUCUAAUCUAUUGCAACAAAUGAAAAGAUGCAUCAUUUUGGCUUUAUAUUAUAAUGGCUUCUCCAUCCUAAUGGUCAUCAGAUGUACAUAGUAGUUAUCUAGUAGUAUCUAGGCUUUUAAGAAAGUAGUGCAGCAAGCAUGUAAAACUAUGAAUUCCCUUUUAUCAGCGAGAGUAAUCUGAUGUGGAUUAUUCCGUUCCUUGGUGUUUAAGGCCCUCUAGUGGACAGAGAGAUGAUUGUGUGAAGGCCAGUGAAUGUUGCUGUUUGUCAGACCUACUGUACGAUGAAAGUCUUGGCUAAAAGGUUAAUUGUUAAACUUGAUCACUGCACUGAAUUUAGCACUCCAGAUUCCCAAAGAUACACCUUCUGCAGGUCAUGUGAGUAUUGAAACUUUGCUCCGCUAACUUGGUGGGGAAGUCUACAACAUUCAAUAUAACCGAUGCCAUGUUUUACUAGAAUCAUCUACUUUACUUUUACUUUGGUCUCAUGUUCUUUUCUUAAUUAUCUUAUGGAUUUACCUCCCUUUGAGUAGGACAAGAAGAGGUGGUAACGUGUUUAAAAAAACAGCUUUGUUCAGGUUUUUCUGAGGGGGAAUGUAAGAUAAAUCUAAUAAAGUUAUUGUAUAUUAUAUUCUGAUCAGUUUGACUUUGUUAUUAAAAGUUUUGCAAAAGUAAUGGAGAAUCUGAUGCAGUGAAUACAUUUUAAAAGUUAACAUUUUAGGCCAAGAUUGGUGAUAUUCUGCCAGGUAAAGAUUAUCAAGUGGUAACGGCAGUGACUAAUUUUAUUAUUAUCGUGACUUAGUACCUCAAAUUACAUAUUCAUAAGUGAUCAUCGUGUAAAUAUUGACAAAGCAAAUGAAGCGUAUUAUACAGCUCACACAUAGUUAGAAGCAUAUUUAUGAACUAACCCAUGACAUUGUAGUUAAAAUGAAAAAAAUAAGACGUAAAGCUACAAAAAAAACUACAAAACGGUGGAUUUGUCUCGCGGUGCCUGAACAGUAUUAUUCACAUGAGAAGGGUUGAGUUCAUCAUGUGGGGAGGGAGUUGGGUUAUUGCAAUGUAUUUCUUUUUCUGUCAAGAGGACGACACAGUUGAGUUAAUUUAAAUGCUUUAAGUUAUGCUGCACAGAAUGCCCUUCUCUCCAUCUGUAAUGAUUCUCUACUCUUCCUCUAGUGCUCCGUAUUCGUCACCGCCUCAAAAGAGGAAUACCAAUGUAGGAUUAUUGAUCAGGUCCUCUGCUUCUGUGACUGGAAAGCCAAACGUGAUCCUCGCUGAGUCAUCUUACAAUUAUUUAUUCGACUUUAUAAUAACCAUCAUUUAUUAAUGGUAAAUUGAUAGUUAAUUAAACUUAGUUAAUAGU